AUGGCGUCUGUGAAAUGGAUCACACAUCAGCGUUUGCUGGUUUUAUUCUGGAUUAUCUCGUUUUCAGCUGUUUCUUGUGUCAGUGAUUUGGCCUUCCUGGUGGAGCCCAGUGAUGUGCGAGCAUAUCGAGGUGAGCAGGUUUCUCUGGACUGCCUGACUGAAGGCGAGCCGCCCGCCGCCGUGGAGUGGAUGAAGGACGGCGUCCGUCUCCAGGAGAGUGACCGUGUGCAGGUCCAGCCCAACGGAACGCUGUGGAUCACAGAUGUGAGGAGUUCACCAGAACAAUCAGACAAAGGUGUCUACCAGUGCCUAGCCCAAAACAAACACGGAGCCAUCUUGAGCCAAAGAUCACGUCUCUCAAUCCCAGGUAUGUUGUCGAUUGUAUCUCACCCCGUUCCGGUGAAGGUGUCUCUGGGAUCUGUGGUCAGAUUCUCCUGUAGUGUUAGUGGAGACGCCACACCUGUCAUCACCUGGGACCUCAACCAAAGAUCUUUACCUCUGGAUUCAGACAGAAUCACAAUUUUGCCAAAUGGAGCGCUGCAGAUCCGUGACGUGACAAUGAAGGAUGCUGGGAAAUAUCGCUGUUCGGCAACAAACACGGCCAGUCGAGUCAGGAGCAAAGACGCCGAGCUCAUCGUCACGCCAGGUUCCGUUGGUCCCCCCUGGCCCCUCGGGAUGAAACCACACAUCGUAGCGGCACCUCAAAACAUCAGCGUCAGUUUCAAUGGACCUGCGGUUCUGGAGUGUAUGGCCGAGGGAAAACCCCGGCCACUGGUGUCGUGGAGCAGGGCCGACUCCAAACCCAUAGACGUGUUCGGCACCAAGGUGAUGGGAAACGGUAACCUGGUCAUCUCUGUCGUGAAGGCGCAUCACGGCGGCACGUACCUGUGCCGAGCGACGACGCCGGGGACGCGUAACUACACCACGGCGACUGCAACCCUCACCGUUCUCGUUCCUCCGUCAUUCGUGGAGAAACCGGAGACUCAGACCCGUCCGAGAGCCGGAACAGCCCGCUUCAGCUGUCAGGCCAAAGGGACGCCUUCUCCUCGCAUCUCCUGGUUUAAAAACGGUCAGAUGAUCAGCUCCAACGGCCGCACCAAGAUGUACAACAGUAAGCUUGUGAUCACCCAGAUCAUCCCGGAGGACGAAGCUUUUUAUCAGUGCCAGGCGGAGAACUCUCAGGGUUGGGUUCUGUCCGCGGCCCGUCUCGUCGUGAUACAGUCAGACGACCGCCCCGGUGCACCACGACACGUCCACGCAGAAACCAUCUCCAGCUCCGCCAUCUUACUGGCGUGGGAACGGCCGCAGUACAACGCCGAGAAAGUGAUCGCUUACUCCAUACACUACACGAAGACGGACGGUGUGAAUAAUGAAGAAUAUCAGGCGGUGAUCGGAAACGACACCACCAGUCACAUCGUCGAUGAUCUGGAGCCGGCGCGUAACUACGCUUUUUACAUCGUCGCUUACAUGCCCAUGGGUGCGAGUCGCAUGUCGGAGCAAGUCACGCAGCACACGCUGGAGAACGUGCCUCUUCGUACACCCGAGUUCAGUCUGAUGAGUCGCAGCCCGACCGAUAUUCUGGUGUCCUGGGAGCCGCUUCCUCCCAAGCUGAGUCGCGGGCGAGUGUCUGCGUACCGUCUGUCUUACCGGACGGCGGCGGACGAGCUGGUGACCUCCGUUGAGCUGCCCGUUCAGAGUGAGAACAGCACUCAGCAACUUCUUCAGGGUCUGCAGGCCGACACCAUCUACCUGAUCCGUAUGUCGGCAUCUACGCGUGUGGGCUGGAGUCAGCCGUCCGCCUGGAGCUCUCAUCGAACUCCCAAAACGUCCAGCGCUGCAGUGCCUCCUGCACCGAACCUUGAGCUUGAACCUCAAAACUGCACGUCGGUGACGGUCCGCUGGCAUCUGGCCCCCAACGAUGCCGUCGUCCAGGGAUACAAGCUCUCCUUUCACCCUGACAGCCAAUCAGAGGACUCCAUUAUUCAGCUGCCCGCGCAGGACCACCAGUACACCAUCAGCGGACUCAGUCCAAGAGUGAAGUAUCAUGUGAAGAUUCUGGCGUUCAGUGUUGAUGGUGACGGAUAUCAGGCACAUCAGACUGUCAACACUCCUGCAUGUCACUCCGCACCGAACCGCAGACUGGCCGCUCUUCCUCCUCCAGAUCAAGUUCAUGCUAAAGCCAACAGUUCAUCCGCUGUGAUUCUGAGCUGGAGUCGACCUGCGUUCAGUUCGGGAAAACCCGUCAGUUAUUCUGUCCGCUGCGGACCCGUGAGUCCGUCUGAUGUCUCGGGUCUCCGCUACGUCCAGACAACUCAACAAACGGUGACGCUCAGAGGACUGCGGCCCAACACUCGCUACGAGUUUGCAGUUCGUUUGCAUAUGGAUCAUAUGUCCAGUCCCUGGAGCGCAACGGUCUAUCAGAAGACUUCACUAGAAGCUCCGUCCUCUCCUCCGCUGGGUGUGAAAGUGUCUCUGAUCGAUGACGGUACAGCGCUGGUGUCGUGGACACCGCCGGAUCAACCCGAACUGUCUGUGGCUCAUUACACCAUCCUGUACGCCUCACAGACCUCAUGGCUCGCUGGUGAAUGGCAGGUUCUGCGGAAAGAAGGUACAGACACCAUGGCUCUUCUGGAGAAGCUGGAGUCAGGUCACGUUUACCUGGUGAAGAUCUCUGCGUCUAACCAGGCGGGCGACGGUCCGUUCUCCAGCACCGUCGAGCUUCAGGUGCUCCAGGCCAAACAUCAUCAAAGCAAAAAUCCACGUCACACCGACAACCACGCUGAGCAAAAAGCAUUUAUAGACGGCCUUUACCACAUCGAUGAGAAAUCCAUGACGGGUAUCAUCAUCGGUGUGUGUAUCGCUCUCACCUGCAUCUUCCUCUGCAUCCUCGUCCUCUUUACACGAAAAUCAUCCUCGUCCUCAAAGAUGAUUGGACCGGUGAGGAAUGAGGUCACGCGCGGCGGGGUUUCAUCAGCCAAUCAGCAUCAAGCGGAGAACACAGACGUUCACGUUCCGAUGAGGAGGACGCACUUCAUUGAUGCCAAAGGAGGAGCAGGUUUGGUAAUAAACAGUGUGGGACCGAUUAUGAGUGACACGCGGAGCAAACCUAAGAGAUGGAACAUCUUCAACAACAAAAAGAAGUCCGACACGGCAAGUCAUAAAACAAGCGAUUUUCUCUAG